CCGUCGUCAACUUCUACCAGCGGACCAACCAGAAAGUGUUUGCCGCUAAAGACGUCCCCGACACAUCAGCCAGAGGGGCCCAUCAAUUCGGCCACCACACGUGACAAGAAUCUCUUGUCAACGCAACCUGUGCAGCUGUCGUAAGGCAUGUUGACCGACCACAGUUGGCGUCUGCCAAGUCAUGGACGUUAGCUGUGGAUUUCAGCUCCCACGGAACCUCGCCGUCAGCGACGAUGUUUCGUUGGUAAGUUGUCGCGGUCUGCUUGCCCUUGGCAACUUCUCGCUUCCACCUAGCGAUGUCGAAGUCGGGCACCUAUCCCCGUAUCUAUCUCCAUAGAUUGCCCAUCCAAGCAGUCGGAACUUACCGGUGGGGCGCCUCGUCUGAUGCUAGGAACGGGGCAAACAAAGCUCGCUGUGGGUCUUCCACAAUUCACGCAGAACCCCAGCUACAAUUGUAUUAGGGUCCCAAAUUUCCGCAAGCACGUCUCUCUAAUUAUAUCACACCCAGGAGGAGCUGAGUCAAUACAGACUCUGAGAAGCGCAACCUGAAAUAUGUUCCAACGAUUUCGAAGGCGAUAUGUUUC